AUGUCUCUUCCCUUCAUUGUUGUCUGGUUUCUAUGGAAUGCUAGGAACAAGGCAAAGCAUGAGGACAUUGGGACUAACCCAGACUCUGUGGUUAGAUGGGAGAAUCCCCCUUAUCCUUUCAUCAAAAUAAACACUGAUGGAAGCUUCACCAAUAAGAAAGCUGCUAUUGGAGGGAUUUUUAGAGACCACACUGAUAAAGUCCUCCUAUAUUUCAAGGCCCCCUACAUUGUUUUUGAUGACUUGGAGACUAAAGCCAUUGUUAUUUAUUGGGCACUCAAAUUUGCCAUGGAAAUUCAGUGGAAUUGGAUUAUUGCUGAAGUGGACUCUUCCCUACUGGUGGAUCUGAUCACUGAAAACUUUUCCCCCCCUUGGCACAUUAUCCAGUGGAUGCACAAGAUAAAGAAGCUUAUCAUUGAUAUUAAGCUACAAAUCUCCUUUGUUUUUAGGGAAGCCAACAUGCCUGCAAAUUUUCUGGCUUUGGAGGGUCCUAACUCAAUUCAUGCUAAGGUCUCCACUUCCCCUCCCCUUCCCCUUCAACUUUUAUUACAAAGAGAUAAACUUCAUAUACCUUACCUCAGAUUGCAGACAUGA